CGCAGUGAUAUAGGCAAUAACACAGAAGCCAUUGUAGAAGACAUUAUCAAUGUUGAAAAUGAACCAUCCACAAGUUCACUUAGUACUCAAGAAACUGAGGAUAUAGAGGAAUUACUUAUCGAAGAAGUAUCUCGAAGAGAAAUUCUCUAUAAUUAUAACAUUCCCAUCACACAGCGUAAUAGACUGGCAAUCAGUGAGCAAUGGCAACAAGUAUCAAUAAUGUUAAAUGGCCGAUUGAGUGCAAAAGAAGCUCAAAAGAAAUGGAAAAUAUUGCGAGACACAUUCUGCCGCAAAAUAGCUGAAGAUAAGCAGCCCAGCGGAGCUGCAGGAUCAAAGAAAAAAAAAUGGAAGCACUUUGACAGAAUGCUGUUUUUAAAGGAUACUCUCAUUACAAAACAGACGCACAACUCAUUCAGAUAUGAAAGAACCAAAUACAGCAAUUCAGCAAAUUGCAGAUGCUAUAUCUACAAUUGCAACUCCUAUGCAACCGUUAACAUUGCCACCAUCUCCGACCCUAGACGAAGUAGAUGGAUUAUUUUUGAUACUUGGGAGUCAGUUAAGGCAACAAACAGAAGAGCGAAAAAGGACUUUAAUUUUAGAAAUAUUGCAAUUUAUGUAUGAAAAAUUAAACUUCUAAAUGCUAUCUAAUAUUA